GAAAUUGGCAACACUUAAUCUAUUGUAAACAACAGUGAAGAAAUGGCGAUACAGAAGCAGAAGGUGGAAAGUUUCUGGUUUAAAUAUACUUUAUCUGCGGUUGCUGCUGCUGUGGCGGAAACCACUACAUAUCCAUUAGAUAUUACCAAAACCAGAUUACAGAUUCAAGGAGAAAAGCUAGUAUUUGCUGUGAGAAAUGGCUUAUCUAAAGAGGGUAACACACAAGCAAGGGGGAUGAUUGAGACAGUUAUUGGGAUUGUGAGACAUGAAGGUAUUUUGAAACUUUGGCAAGGUGUAACUCCAGCUAUUUAUAGGCACUUAGUUUAUACUGGAUGCAGAAUGACUUUAUAUGAAUUUAUAAGGGAAAGGAUCCUUAAGAGAAAUUCUGAUGGGACCAUUAGUCUAUGGAAAGCUGUUUUAGGCGGGAGUAUUGCAGGAGGUUUAGGUCAGUUUGUGGCAAGCCCAACAGAUCUGGUCAAAGUACAGAUGCAAAUGGAAGGACAAAGACGACGACAGGGGAUGCCUCCUAGAGUGCGGACUACUUGGCAUGCCUUCAGUAAGAUUGUUGCAGAGGGGGGGAUCAAAGGGCUGUGGAAGGGUUGGGUGCCAAAUGUACAGAGGGCAGCUCUAGUCAACUUGGGAGAACUAACAACAUAUGAUACAAGUAAGCAUUUAAUUUUGAAGCAUACAACACUAAAAGAUAAUUAUGUAACACACACAUUAGCUAGUUCAUGUUCAGGUUUAAUUGCUGCUACCCUUGGUACUCCAGCUGAUGUCAUAAAAACAAGAAUAAUGAAUCAGCACACAGAUGCAAAUGGAAGAGGACAGUUAUAUAAGUCAUCAAUUGAUUGUUUAAGAAAAACUAUAAAAGCUGAAGGCUUCUUUGCUCUUUAUAAAGGUUUCAUUCCUAUUUGGGCAAGAAUGGCUCCAUGGUCUCUGACGUUUUGGCUCACUUACGAAGAAUUAAGAAGACUCUGCGGUGUAUCGUCAUUUUAAUUACUUUUCCGUGUUUUAAUGGAAAAAUGGCCAUAAAAAAAUCAAUCAAUGCACAAAUUUAGUGGUGAUCGUAUAUAUAUAUAAAGUAUAUAUAUAUAUAGUCUUUUGUAUAGUUGAAACUGAAGUAAAAAAAAAAUGCUGUAAAUAAAAAAAAAUCUUAAUUUUUGUAGCAGAAAUAAAACUAUUU